CAAAACGGAAGGAGGAAUUCUACCUUCAAACCCCCAUCAUCUUCUCCGCAAACCACACCGCGAUUUCACAGAAACUGCAGCAAUGGAGGAGACGACAUGGGAGCAGAAGCUGCAAGCCCUGACCCAUCUCCUCACCUCCCCAACCACGGCUCCCUCCCUCCACUCCCAGUUCCUCGUCUCCUCCCUCGUCCCCUGCUACCUCCGCUGCGACUACCCUCCCCUCCUCUGCCCCUCCCGAGCCCCCUCCGACGACCUCCUCCUCCUCCGGUGGAGCCUCUCCCUCUUCCUCCGGCGGCUCCCGAGGCUCGGCCUCCCGGAGACUUCGUGGCGGUGCAAGUGCCCCUACCAGCAGCCGCCGCCGCCGGUCCUGGCGGAGGGCGUGGGGGAGGCGCGGUGGGGGGACGCCGAGAGGCGGGAGUGCUUCAGGCGGCGGCUGCGGCGGAGGCGGCUCGGGAGCGAGGUGAACCCGCUCGUCCCGAUCCUGGUGCCGAACCUGCUCCUCUUCUCGCUCCUGCUGUGGGAUCCGUUUCCCGAAGCCCGAGAUCCGAGAACCAGAUCAUUCCCAAAUUGAUGAUUGAAUGUUUAAUCGUCCUUAAAACUACAGCUCCUUGAUUAACGCGGUUCCUAAAAUUUUGCUAAAUGCUCAAUAUAGUCCUAGACUAUACGAGA